AGCCGGGGAGGAUUAGUGGGGAGGGGGGAUUAGGGCUGGGAUUUGGGGGCCAGCAGCUAUUAAAGCCAUGGGGUGGGUGGUGAGGCCGUGGCCAUGGCUCCCCGCACCGUGCUGAUCACCGGCUGCUCAUCCGGCAUCGGGCUGGCGCUGGCGGUGCGCCUGGCACGGGACAAGCAGCGCCGCUUCCGAGUCAUCGCCACAAUGAGGAACGUGUCCCGCAGCGGAGCGCUGGUGGAGGCAGCGGGGUCAGCGUUGGGCCGGACGCUGGAGGUGAAGCAGUUGGAUGUGUGCGAUGAGGCGUCCAUCCGCGCCUGCCUCGACAGCAUCCCCGGGCGCCGCGUUGAUGUCCUGGUCAGCAAUGCCGGCGUGGGGAUGAUUGGGCCACUGGAGUGCCAGAGCCUGGCGGCCAUGCAGGGGCUGAUGGACACCAACUUCUUCGGGUUGGUGCGUCUGGUGAAGGAGGUUUUGCCUGACAUGAAGCGCCGUCGCAGCGGCCACAUCGUGGUCAUCAGCAGCGUGAUGGGGCUGCAGGGCAUCGUCUUCAACGACGUCUACGCCGCCUCCAAGUUCGCCGUGGAGGGCUUCUGUGAGAGCCUGGUGGUCCAGGCACUGCGCUUCAAUGUGGCCAUCAGCCUGGUGGAGCCGGGGCCGGUGACCACCGAGUUUGAGGCCAAGGUGUACGAGGAGGCUGAGCGCGCCGACUACUCACAGACCGACCCUGAGACCGCCGCCAUCUUCACCGACCUCUACCUGCGCAACUCCAGGGACGUCUUUGCCAGCCUGGGGCAGAGCCCUGAGGACAUCGCGGAGCACACACUGCGGGUGAUCGAGGCAGCCCGGCCGCCCUUCCGGCACCAGACCAACGCGGCGUACACACCCAUGGCCGCGCUGAAGCACGCCGACCCCAGCGGUGCGCUCAUGACCGAGGCCUUCUACAAACUGGUGUUCAAAUACGGCGCCGUGCUGCGGUUCGGGCUGCGCGCCAUCCGCCUGCUGCGCUGGAAGGCCCAGAAGGUGAAGGCGGGCGCACGGCUGCUGGGCUUCAAAUAGACCCGUUUACCCUGGAUGGGAUUCGGCCGGGGGUGGCCCAGGGGGGCUGCGAGGGGUGAGCGGGGCUGGGAGCUGUGCGGUUUCACUUCCUGCUCCCAGCCCGAAAUAGCACCCAAAAUAGCAGCGGUAUUAAAAUCGGGAGCGGUAUUUUUAACAGCGCCGGGUGAAAGAGCGCAGCGGCUUCCUCCGAGAGCGCAGCGGCCGUGACAGGGCUGGGAAGGGCUGUCAGCUGCACCCCCCCCCCCGGCUCCUCCAUCCGUGGGCAUGCAGUGCCACAGCCCCCCCCAGCAUCCUUCUCCGAGCCUCUGAUGCGGGGCUGGAAAUGCACCAGGUCGGCAAUGCAUCGGGUUAGCAGCAAUGCACCAGGUCAGCAAUGCACCCAGCUGGCAACACGUCAGGUUGGUCAGCAAUGUGUGUCCCCCCCACAGCUCCGUGUGGAGCCCCACAACACCAGGGCAGCAUGGAGGGGACACGGGGCACUGCUGGAUCAGCUGCAGCGCUGGUGCAGGAGCUGUGGUGUAGAGGUGGGAGCUGGGUGCACGGGGUGCACAUGGAGUCCCCGGGGUGCAGGGUGGAUGCACGGCGCAGGGGUUGGCGGGGGUUGCAUGGGGAAGUCUGAGCACAGAGUGCACGGCAGGAUGAGCGCUGGGUGCAGUGUGCGCAGUGAGUGCAGGACAGAAACAAACCAAGCGCCAGGAGCAGGGGCUGCUGGGUGUGCCAGGGGGUCCCAGCGCCCCGCAUCACCCAGGGGCUCCCAGAGGGGUGCUGGUGGGGGGGAGCAGCCGGAGCUGCCCGUCCUGAGCUGCGCACUGGUGAGCAUGUGGCGUGACUGUGCCAGGAGGUGAGAGCAGGGGGAAACCACAGGGAGGCCCCGCACGGGUCAGCACCGCUUCUCAGAAACCUUCCUGGCUCCCACUGCACUUCCUGCUGCAGGGAUGCACAGGUGACACUGCUGCUGGGCCCACGGUGAAGCCCCCCAGCCCUGCUCCAGGACCCCCACCCCAUGCACGAGAAGCUGACGGCAGCUGCAGCACUGACAGCAUGCACCAACACUGUGCUCCAUGCACCAGCGCCGUGCCCUUGCCCGUGCCACGCACGUGGCCUCCCCACCCCCGUUGGCUCUGGGUGCUUUGAGGACAGGAUGGAGAAGGAAAUAUUUUUGCAUGAUUCCCCUCGUGUCUUGCACAA